UUUGUUUUCUUCCCUAGUUGGCAACACAAAUUAAAUAGCGGCAACGAAUUGGAUCCACAUCAUCAUGAUGUAGCCGUUUUGAUAACCCGUAAAAAUAUAUGCGGUAAUAAUUGCAUGACCCUGGGUCUGGCCAAUGUCGGCGGAAUGUGUAAACCAAAACAGUCUUGUAGUGUUAAUGAGGACAAUGGCAUUAUGUUAUCACAUACCAUAGCCCAUGAGUUGGGCCAUAACUUUGGCAUGUUUCAUGAUACGGCAAAAAUUGGCUGUCAUCCGCGUGUGGGUUCUAUAGUUCACAUAAUGACGCCAACGUUUGGUGCGGAUACCCUGCAAGUUUGUUGGUCAAAUUGUAGCCGGAAAUUUAUAACUCACUUUUUGGAUCAAGGUUUGGGCGAUUGCCUGGAUGAUGAACCGACAGCAUUAAACGAGUAUGUCUAUCCGGAUGAAAUGCCAGGAAAGAAAUAUAAUGCCGAAUUGCAAUGUCGCCUACAAUAUAAUGUGACGGAUAGUGAAGUGGAGGCCUGCUCGUCUAUGAAUGAAAUCUGUUCGACAUUAUGGUGUCGUGUCAACGGCGAAUGUAUUACAAAUAUGCGUCCCACUGCUCCGGGAACAUUGUGUGGAAAACGUAAGUGGUGUCAAAAUGGUAAAUGUGUACGCAUCGAACCGUUUGAAAAGGUAGAUGGCUCGUGGGGUGAUUGGUCCGAAUGGAGUGAAUGUUCUCGCAGCUGUGGUGGUGGUGUUUCUAUACAACAGCGUGAAUGUGAUAGUCCGAGGCCAGCUAAUGGUGGUACUUUUUGUAUUGGCGAGAGGAAGAGGUAUAAAAUAUGUAAUCACCAACCCUGUCCCAAAAAUGAGCCAAGCUUCAGAGCCCAACAGUGCGAGAAAUAUAAUGAUAAGCCAUAUCAGGGACAUUUCUAUAAAUGGCUGCCGUUCUUUGAUAAACAAAACCCGUGCAAACUCUACUGCAAUGAUGUGGAUGAUACGAUCAUAGCCAAUUGGGGUGAUAUGGUGUUGGAUGGAACACCCUGUACUUUGGGUACCAAUAAUAUGUGUAUCGAUGGCAUAUGCAGGAAAGUUGGUUGCGAUUGGAUUGUUGACUCGGAUAUGCAGGAGGAUCGUUGUGGCAUUUGUGGUGGCAAUGGCGAUCAAUGUAAACCGGUCAAAGCAGUCUUCAACGAGACGCUUAAGGUGACAGAAGGUUAUGUUGAAAUUGUUGUAUUACCGGCAAAGGCACGUCAUAUCGUUAUCAAGGAAUUGGGAAAUUCACCACAUUUUCUAAGUGUGGCCAAGGCUAAUAGCAGCACCUUUUAUUUGAACGGCGACAGUUUAAUAUCAAUGCCGGGGGAGUUUUUCAUUGCCGGUGCUGAGAGUUUCUAUGAUCGGAUAGAUGAUCAGGAAAUUAUUAAGAUACCACAGCCCAUUGAACAUUCCAUUGCUAUUUAUAUCAUUGUCCGCGGCGAUGAACCCAAUGAGGGUGUCUACUAUGAAUUUACCUUGCCAGCCUUAAAUGCCAGCACAAACAAACACUAUUUGUGGAAACUAAGUGAUUGGACCCAUUGCUCGGUUAGCUGUGGUGGUGGCUUACAAUAUCGGGAACCCAUCUGCUAUGAAAAUGGAAGAGAAACCCUCGAUAUUGAAUUGUGUUGGGCAUUUGCCAAAAAUCCCCGACCAUUGCGCCAUACGAAAAAAUGUAAUAGCACACCUUGCCCAGCCCAUUGGCUGACAGGACCGUGGCAAUUUUGCCCGGUUACUUGUAAAAGUCCUGAUACACCAUUACCGGUGCGUAGACGUUCGGUUAUGUGUCUGGACCACCAUGAUGUCAUUUUGGAUGAUGACAAAUGUAAUCCGUCCACCAGGCCCAUUGAUACGGAUUUUUGUGAAUCCAAUUUGCCCGAUUGUAGUAUAAGAGAAAAAUUACGGACACAUUUUAGUUAAGCUUAGAA